UAUCGAGGCAGUACCAGGUAGCCCUGCGUCACCUUGACAUAGGUGUUGGCGACCUUGUCAGUAUACGAAACGGCGUGAGCGGGCGGUCCGGUCGGCUUGACUCGGGUCGUUGGGCGGAUGAUUGGUUCAAGCCAGACCGAGGGUUUCUUCUCGGGCCGAGCACCCGCACGUACAGCGGCUUGGGUCGGUGUGAACCCAAUCGGCUUGACCUCUUCUUGGAUCUUGGAACGAUCGAGCACGACACCGUGCCAUACAGCAAGAAUGGGAACGGACAGGAGUUCAACAGACGUCGAUGGAAGAGCAGCCGGUAUCGCCGAGGCAACAUCGUCUAUCAACAAAGUACGGGCAGAGUUGCGAGCUAGACGGGCUGCCCGUCUCGCGGAUAGUUCGGCCUCAGGACUUCCUCAGGCGACAAACAUCCCCAAGUUAGAGGACUUGAGAUCGAAACAGGACGUCCGGUGGACUGUCGUCGAGCGAUACAUCCUGAGCACCCUGCUCGAUGACGACCACGAUACUACCUUACGGGAUGCCGCUGCAAAGGCAGCGGUUGAGAUGGAAACCGAGGGAUUCAAAUCUGGACUCGACAGCCGGCAGUGGAACACUGCCGAUGAUACUCGAGUGCACGGAGUCAGGAUCCGCCUGGUCAAACUGAUCCUCGGGCUUCGCGAGGUCCAGCAGGACGAGCCUACUACGAGUACUCUUCUACCUGAUGUAGUCUUCCUCGAGCGAUGGACGACGGCUUCGAGCAUCUUCGAGUAUCACGACCGACACUGGGUCCGUGAUCGACAUCAACGGAAGAGGGAGGAAGAUGAGGCUCCACCGGUCAUGCUGGCGUUCCCUGAUGAUGGAACGACGACCAUGUACGAACUCGGAAAACGGGUCUGGAUGCAUAGUAGACGGUGAUUUCACACUACUGUAUGCCCCCGGGUGGAGAGAGGUCUCGAGGACCUAGAUAUUAUUGUAGGAACCGGGCCGAUCGUAUCCAGUGCUCGCUGCCGAGUUGAUAAGACCACGCCAGACUGAAAGGCGUUUCGUUGAUCGACAUCUCCUUCAGUUGUAUGUAUGCCGUGACCUGUAUCGUUUAUGCUCCGUGUGUUGGACAAUGCACCGAUCACUCUGUGUUCAGACUCAUAUCACUCGAAGGUCCGAUAUAUCUUUG